GCCGGCGGCCGAGGACACAGAGCCGGCACCAGGGGACAUGGUACCAGUACCCGGGGAUGCGGCACCAGUACCUAGGGACACGGACCCGGCAGCCAGGGACACGGUGCCAGUGCCUGGGGACACAGACCCAGCACGCAGGGAUGCGGUGCCGGCCGAGCCAUGCAGGACUGCUGGGAUCGACACCUCCUCUCCAAAAUCAGGGAGUUUGGGCGAGGAGCCCAUGAUGAUUGCUCAUGGACUGGCAGCAUCCUGCUCCCAAGAGGGAGUAAAGCCAGGAGACUGUGAAGAGGAUGAAGAAACCCAAAGAGACUGUAGGAAACUGGACUGUUCUGCUGGUAGAUGCCAGAGAGGAGAUGAGGAGGGACGAGAUGCUGAGGAGGGCCUUGAGUGCUGUGCUUUAACCGCCAAGGAAAGACUAUGGUCAAAACAAGAGGAGCUUGGCUUAAAUCAGCAUGGGGUGAAGUUUUCAAGCAUCUGUUGCACUCAAAUGACAGGAUCUCUGAAGAAUAAAGAAGAAAACCAAGCAAAUGUUCAGGUGACAGCUGAAACUCUGCCAAAGCCUGCUGAAGAAGCACAAGGUAUGAAGGCUGAUGGGACUAGGAUGUUUACUAAAGCAGGAUUCAGGAAUGACAGAGUGAGUAAAGAUCUUCCAGCUGAGAGCAGUGAAUGCCCACUUGUAGACACAGUCAUGAGCAGUGAUAAGGUUCCAGAAACCAGCACAUUAGUUUUUUCAGAGCCUUUAAUAGUCAGGAAUGUUGAAUCAGCCAUUGAACAUCCACAAGAAAAAAAUGAAUAUAAUGGGUUAAAAGCCCCUACUGUGAUGCUGUUGGCAACAGGGAGUAAUGUAUCUAUUUUGAAAACUAGAGAAGAGAAGCUACCCAGGGAAAUUCCUGAUGAUGAAUCCAAUACACCACUUGCUAUUUGCCAGAGCUAUCAGCAGGAUGAAGGAAAGACCGUUUAUGACUUCAGAACCCUUCGUCUACCUAAUGAUGAACCUGACAGGGCAUCAAUACAGAGUUCUAGAACAGUCUCCCUAGCAGUUUCAGAAGUUUCGUGCCCUGUUCAGAAAGGCACCUGUUACCUGGACUUCAGAAAUACCCUUGGAGAAAGCAGCAGUGCUGCAGUCUGUAGGAUUAACAGACAAGGCCAGGAAGAGAAUCUUUGUGGAAAAAUGGAAAGUCAAAAUCAUCAUGAUCAUGAAACUGGGGUUCUAGAGAACCAGAGCUCCAAAUCCAUACCAGCAGAACAGCCCUCGGUGGUAGGGAAUGAAGAAUUAUCUAGGUAUAAGACUGAUCAUAGAGAAAUAAGUAAUAAUAUAGAUAAUUCAUACAGCUCUGAACUUGAAGACACUGCUGAAAUCCAGAGAAAAAUUACUAUGGGAGAUAAAGCUGGAGAUAGCAUUCAGCCUGAAGCUCGAGAAGAUGUUAUAUCUGAAUGCUGCAGUUCUUCAGUUUUCAGUUCCACUGCUUCAUCUCCUGAGAAUUUCUCAAGAGAAAAAUUAAAAAUCAUGCCAUCAGAAGCUGGUAAGUGGAAAAAAGACCAGUGUCAAUUAGCAGUCAUUGAUCAGCACAAGGAUGAUACAACAGGAAAUAGUCCAUUGAUGGAAACAAAUAACAUUGUUUCCCCUGAAACUGAGCAGACAUACGUAUGCUUUUAUAAUACCUCCAGUAAAAACACUAUUUCUAAUAACCAUGGUUGUCUGGAACUCAGUAGCAAGUUAGAAAAAGGUUCACCUGUGCUACAGCUCCUUGAAAGGGAAUCUGAGAGCAAUAUAACAUCAGAAGAGCUGGCUGGCAACUUAGUUGAAGCUCCAGAAGCCAACAGUAUUCACAGUUUAUCCAUUGGCAAAGAAACUCAGUUGGUUUCUUCACUAAAUAUACUUUUAUCUCCUUUUGCACAAAAUUCACAAGUACCUCAUGAUAAUGAACUUACUCCUUGUACUGCUAAUGAAGUUUCAAGCAGAGACAAGGCUAAGCAUAACCUUUCUGGGGAAGGAUCAAUUGAUGCUUCUAGAGCAACAGAGGAAGAAGUCACUGAAUUUGUGCUUCCAGAAGACAAAUUCAGGCCUUCAGUAAGUCUUAGGACUAUUGAUACCCCUAAUCUGACAAGCAAAGCUUCCCAAAAGAACACGAUGUCUUUACUGGGGAAUAUAGACAAUGUGGUCACUGCUUCAGAAAAUGAGCAGAGUGACCCAUGGAAUUGUAACUAUCAGAGGAUAAAAGACCAAUGUACAACUGCCACUACUUCCCAUAUUUUAUCAGAGAGGACACAUGUAGGUGAUGACCUCCCAAACAGUCAUUUGUUUAAGGAUGAGGUUGAAACGAAGCCUGCAGAAAGUGAUAGUCUGGAAGGAGAAGGUUCACUUGGAUGUAAUAGCAAAGAGCCUGUCAGUUCUGAAGAACACUUCCCUUCAGCAGGUGGAUCUGCUCCUUGGGAAGAUGAAGUUGAGCUGUCAGAUGAAAAAGUUGAGACUCAGCGUUCAGAAAGCUUACACAAACACCCUGUUUUACAAACUUCAGUUACUUCUGUAGAAAACACUAAAAUAACAACUGAUUCAAGCCAAGGUGAAGAGAUGCUCUUAAAAAAUGGUGAGAACUUGACUUUGUUAGUUGAUAAAUGUGUAAGAGAAGAUCAUUCUCAAGCAACUAUAGAAGAUAACACAGUGGAUUUGGAUUCUUUAAAUCAUGUGGGAAAUGCAGACUUUUCAGAAUACACGUGCUUCAUAGAUGAACUAACUGAGGGAAAAACAAAUGAAUUAAAAGAAUCAAAGAAAGCACAUGGAAGAGAAGAUAAAAGAGCUUUUGAGGAAGGCUUUUAUAGCAAAACACAUUGCUCACAACAUGUUUGUUGUGAGAAGGAGAAGGGAGAGUUGCUAGUGUUCACAGGAAACACAGCACAGAAAACUUCGUCAAAGCCAGAGUGUUUGGUGGGGGAUCAAGAAAAUACAGUCAAUGUCCCAUCUUUACCCAUCUCCACUGCAAUCCAUGGGAGUCUUUCAGAUAAGACAGAAAACAUGAAUCUAUUUUCAGAGAUGGAAAAUAAACCAAGUCUUAGAGUAAAAUCUAUGUUAGAAAACACUCCCCAACAGUUACUGUUGGAGCCUAGUAAAGAAACUCAUGUGGAUUUGGAAGCACACACAGCUAUGAACUUGGGAGUCUCUCUGCCUCAGAAGGAAGAGCGGUGGAUGUCAAUUGAGAAUACACAAACGGAGGAAUUUGAUUCAUCUUCAACAUAUAUUUUUAAUGAAGUUUCUUCAGUGACAAAACCUCUUUAUGUAACAACAUGCGUGAAGAGGAAAGGCAGAACACAUAGAUAUGAGAGCCCAUCUGCAGAGCAUGGAAAAGCACGUGGCUUGCUGCAGGAUGCCAAGAGCUCCAGAGUUUGUCUACAGAGCAUAGCAGGACCUACAGGUGACGGGGACGGUGAGCUACCUCUAAAAGACAUGGAUGUAACUUUACCAGAAAAUAAUUGUGAUGAUUGUAGACAGAAGUUUAAGAAUUCAUGUGUAGAAGAUAAAAUGGAGAGGGAAGUAUCCCCUGGAAAAACAUUGCCAAUACAUUCUACUCUUGAUGAAGGAAUCAAGGAAAGAAUCAAUCAGCUCUCGGAAAUGAUAUAUGAUUGUCAAGCUGAGGAUUUAUCUGACACAAAACCUUCAUCGGAAAUGCAGUAUGAUGCAACACCCAUGUUUUUCCCAUGUAUGAGUACGCAGUCAAGCAGUUGCAAAGAAUUGUCCCCAAAGUGUGUCGUUUGCAGGGAAGUAUGUGUGCCUUACAACUUAAAUGCACAGAGCAAAGAUAAUAAAAAGGAGAUUAGAGAAGGCCAAGACACUAUUCCAAUUCAUUCCGUUUGGAAAGAAAAUGAAACUUUCAGGUCAGAGAAACUUGAUCAAAUAAAGAAAUGUCAGGCACUUAAACGAAAGAAAAUGUAUACAAAGGUGGAAGCACCUUUGUCAGACAAGGCACAAGAACAGAGGUCAAGUUACCAAGCAAAAGUCACACUGCAGCCAAGUGCAUUGUCCAACCUGACACUGUUACGCAGCUCUUCAAAGGAGUUGGUGAUGUCAAGAGAUACAAAGUUUGAAGGUCAUUCAAAGGAGAUUUUUGCUGUUACAAACAGUGAAAAUAAACUACGUAGCACUUUACAAGAUGUCAAAAGGCCAAAGAUUACUACAGAUGUUACUAGUUCACAGGUUUUGAAGAGUCGGGGUUCAGAAGCAGAAAACCUGAGCCUUAAUUUAGAGUCCGGCAUUAAAGAAGUACUAUCCUCUGACAGUUUGGUUUGUGCUCACCAUCUACACCCAGAAACUGCAUGUGAUGAAAUCCCUGGUGCCUUUGGAACUACAAAUAAGCUAAGAGGACUUCCUCCAUUAAAAAAACAGCCUGGAAGGGCGUGCAAAAAGGUUCCUACAUCAGAACAACCAAAAAGUGUAAGAAAAGGCAGCAAAAUUAGAAGCUCAGCUUCGAAGAUUCCCUCCGAAACAUUCCAUAAGCAGGAAAACCUGCUCCUUAAUUCUUUGUACUUUGCAUAUAAACCAGCAACAAUGGAAACGGAAAUGGCCACGAGAUUGGUGCCUAUGCCAAGGCAGAGGGCCAAGAGGAGCAGUUUGCUGAACACCCUCAAAUUUAGAAAAUGUACCAAAGAACCAGCACUGCUAAACAAGCUGUCUGCAGUGGCCAAUAAACUCCUGGCACCUGCCAAAAGCCUCCAUGAUGUAAAGUCCCUGCCAUAUUCUUCUGAAAUUAUUCCAGUGGCUGGGAGGUACAGCCAACGUAGAGCUAAAAAUUUAUUGGAAGCUUUUUCCUGCAUUAACAGGAACUUACACUCACACUGGACUGACAGCUGGUGCACCAAGAUGUUCAGCGUUCAGUCUCUGGCACUUUAUCCUGUAGAAUCUACCAAAAUACCUUUUUUAGGCUUGAGCCACAGGUCUCCAUCCUCACCCUUGGAUACCCCAGUUUUCCCCAUUUCUUUUCAAAUAAAAUUGGACUCAAGUUCUGUGACAGACCUCACGGGGAUUGUAUCCCAGUGCUCUGUCCAUCACAGACGGGUUUGGGGAGAAGCACCAGAACCGCCGUCAAGAUGGACCUUCUCUUUUCUCUUGUCUCAGAGCUGUUCAGGUACAACAGCUUCCAAGGAAGAUUCCAGUCUGGCUAAUGAGCUGCAUUCUUCUCGUUCUUUAAUAACUCCAGGGGCUGCUGCCCUUCAUCCUGACCAUGGAAGAAAUGCCAUAGCUGAAAGAAGAAGAAGUUACUCUAUGCUUGGCCUUCAGACAGUGUUAGCACUUUCUUCCCCUGGAUGUUACAGGAUUUGGACACGACGAAGAACCUUAACCAGUCGUAUUCCUACCAUCCAGAGACUCUUUAUGUCCCAAUUCACCCAGGGUUUGAAAGGGGUAAGGUUUGCAACUUCUGUAGCAGAUGACCUCUUCUCUUCAUUGCCGUACUCGCUGGGCAGGGCACUAUCCAUAUGGAGUCAGCAUGGUCCUUCUGCCCGUCCCUCCGAAAUCACUCCUCUCCAUUCCCAUCAGUGCAAGUGGCAGCCAAGUGGGGGCAUCGAGAACAGCUGUGCCCUGUUACCACGCUUACCUGUUCAGAGGACAGCAGCUCUGCAGGCAGCCGCUCAUGAGAUAGGUUAUAGUCUAGGACCUUCAUUCCCUCUUCCAUUACCAAAGCCUUGCUCGCUUCCAGAACCGUCGUCAUCUCCCCUCAGGCUUUCAUCACGGGAGCUUCAGGUCCCUGCCUUUGAUGAAGCUGAUGCGUCUGUUCCAGCCUGUCUUAGAUCCCAAGAUGACACAGACCUGAAAAAAAUUGAGCCAGAAAAGAGGCCAAAGAAAGUCUCCCAGAUCCGAAUCCGGAAAACUGUUCCCAAGCCAGACCAUAACCUUACUCCUAUGGGACUACCCAGACCAAAAAGGCUUAAGAAGAAAGAAUUUAGUUUAGAAGAAAUUUACACAAACAAGAACUAUAAGUCUCCUCCUCCGACCAGGAGCCUGGAAACAAUCUUUGAAGAGCCCAAGGUGAAAAAUGGAGUCUUGAUCUCUGUCAGUCAGCAGAAGAGGAAGCGGAUUCUGGAGUUUCAGGACUUCACUGUUCCCCGAAAGAGGAAGGCACGAAGCAAAAUCAAAGCAGUGGGUAGCUUCACCCGAGCAAAAAGAGCUGCACUGCAGGGUGCAGAGCUAGAUGCUCUUCUGAUUCAGAAGCUGAUGGACCUUGAAGCCUUUUUUGCAAACGAGGCUGAGCACGAGGCAGCCUCCAGCAGCUGAGAGGCGAACAGCUCGAAAUGAAUCAGCCAGCUCCUUUCAUGUUUUAGUCCACUGAGAAGACAUCUACCUGCUUCUUCAUACCUUACUCUACCACUCAGUUUUAAUAUGUAAUGAUCAGUUACUGGCUGUGGACCUCUUUAAGGUGCUAUUUUUUUUUUAAUGCUAGGAGAGGGAUUCUCUGAAGACCCUAUGUGAGCGUAGCACAGCCCCGCGUGAUUCACCCUUCCUUGCUUAACGUCUGGAAAUGAUGGCUAAUAUUUAAUUAUGUUUUUUAACACCUCUUGAGGGUAGAGUAGGCGUAUAAAGGAGGAAGUAGUGCUCCUUCAGUGAUGCUAGGACAUUUUACUCCAGAACAUUUGCACAUUUGAGUCUGCUGUGGUUCCUAUAGUCACUAUCUUGAACAACCUGAGAGAAGAGGGUGUUUGACAAGGAUGAAUUCUAGUAAACAAACUCUUGAUAUACCACUAACUUUUUAAUAAUUAAAUGUAGCCGUCUGAGUUUGCUUCCGAUUGUUUCUUCCUUCUGUUUACUUAGAAGGUUUCUUCUAAGUUUCUGUGCCCUUCCUGCCUGUAGGCAGCAGAAGCCCCACAUGACUAGGACUUUAAAUAACUUGCACUUUGUAUGUGUUUCCUCGGUUGCUGCAUGAGGACGCCUUUCAAUGUGAUGCAUCUCCAAAAAAGAAAAAGUAUUUUAAGAAAAAAUGGUGCCCGAUGCUAAUUUCUCCCCAAAAGCACAGUGAAUUUUUACAUAAUUUGCUGGUGCUUUUACCUCUUUUCCAGAGGCAAAGGUAAGUAACCCAGAAGGAUGUUAAGCUACAGGACACUUAAGUACAGGUUUUUAUUUAGCUGAGCUGCUGCUUGCAGACAACACCAGCAAAAACAUUGAAAGUUAUUUAUAAGUAAUUUUAAUUCCGAUAAAAAUAUUGAUUUGAUUUUAAUGCCAAUAACAAAACAGAUUUUUUCCACUGGAGUGGGGGAAACCUUUUUGCUGUCUUUUUACUGCUUUAGGUUUACAAUUUAUAUAGCUCAUAAUUAGAUCUCUGAACAGCAUUAUUGUAUAUAAUAGCUAAUGUACAAAAAGCCUCCUAGCAUGUGGAAAGUAUUUCUUUCAAUAUGUAAGACCAUUUGUGACAAUCUGCUGCAGUACUGGGCAAUUUCCUGGCCAUACCUUUCUGAGGGAAGAGUACUCCCUUCUGGGAUAAUUUCUGUUAAAACUUACUUGAAGCGUAAUGCAAAAUGAAUACUGGCUGCAGUUCAGGUAAUUUCUGUCCUUUAGUGCCUAUAGAAGUUAUUCAGGCAGAGCUUAAUGGGAUGGCUGUCAUUGCUGGGAUGCUCAAAUAGUCCAUUAUUUCUUUCACUUGUCACUUGAAAUUUGCACUUUCUUAUAUACUUCCCUAUAGUGGAAUUCCUUUACCUUCAAAAAGAGCAUGGGAGCGAAACAUCUAGCAGGUGGGUAUUCUUAAGUCCCAAUGAAUGCAGGACUGAAAAUAUCAUCAUUAUCUUCUGUUGCUCUGUUAUACCUAACAGAAAACACAAAAUUAACAAGCAAGCUGUUGAAUUCCAGAGCUUUGAAAGUAAGGAAACGGAAGCAGAAUAUACCCUUGUGUGUGCCUGAGUCUUGACAGAAAUGUAUUCUGGAUUAUUUUUUUCUCCUAGUUUAUGUGCUGAGAUUCCUAGAAGUUUACAUUCUUGUUCUGGAGGUUAAUUACCUCGAAUCAGGAAGAACAGAUGGAAGUACAGACAUGCAGUAGUGCUGUUUGUAUCUGAGGAGAUAAAAAAACAAGGCAGGCAAACUUUGAGCAUACUGACAUACUACCAGCUGCCUGGUCUGGUGAACCUAUUUGGGCUGCUGUAUAACAUUUGAUCUCCUUUAUUUUUCAGG